AGUAGAACAUCACAUGGUCCCGGCGGGGGUAAAACAGUCAUAUCACAUCUAAAGCUGAACUACUUAUGUUACCAAAUAGUCAACACCGAAUGGGAUCAAACGUUUUCCCAUGAACACGAGGGGUCAAGGACCCUCCGACCUCCCAUCAGCUUCCUUGUCUUCCUGUUAAACUCUCCUUGUCUGCACUCACUUCUAGAAGUGUACGUAAGCUUCAUGGAUGAUGGACUUGGAAAAUUAAAGAUCGUCCCAGAUCAUUUUAAAGCAUCCGAACCCAAUAUAGACUCUUUUCAAGACGUAGCUUCUUUUAUCUUGCGACCAAGAACUGAUAACUAUCUGAGGUCCCGUUCGUGGAGUAGGAGAAAAUUAAGAAGUGAAGCAUACAUGUUGAAAUUCUUUAGUCUGCGGGGACUGCCAUGGGGGUCUAGCACAGAUGGGGAAGAAAAGGUUGAGCUAACUGCUGUAGAACUAGAAUCACUUCGAACGGAUCUUGCUGAUUUAGAAGAGAAGGAAGCGCACUUGAAAGCUCAAUUGGAACACGUUGAUGAAAUUUUGCGAUCUGCUCGUCUCUCUGGCUAUUUGUACAUCCGAACUAGGUGGAAACCACUACCAGGAGAACCUCCCCCUCUUGAUGAUACUGACGUUGAUGACUGGCUUCCUCGCUUUGUUGUCUUGCAAGGGCCGUGCAUUUUCUUCUACUUGUUUUCCACGGAUUUGAGUCCUCAAGACUCCACCCUAUUAGCUGAUAUUGUUGAAGUAAGCCCCUUGCCCAGCUUUACACGAGACGAUGAAGGAACUCGACAUGCAUUUUGUAUCUUAACUAGUCAAGGACUGCGAUUCGAGUGCUCAAGCGCUUCUAAGGUGCAGGUGGACUCGUGGUUGUCAGCGUUACGAACGGACUGCGAAUUGGAGGGUUCAGAUGCCACAGAUCCAAAGGACUCGUGAGAUGCAAAAUUAGACAGUUUAGGAGCAGCAAGUUGUAGAUAGGUAGAAAUGUAAAACCCAUACUUACAUUAGUUCAUCUGACUCUGAUGUUAUAAAAUUGGUUCAUAUUUUCUGACGUACUUACUAUAUAAGAAUUAAUAACAGAAUCUAAUUGAAGCAGCAAUGUUAUUACUGA